GCGGGACAAAAUGCGACAGAUAGAAACCUCUUCCUAAACAAAAAAAACAAACAAAAAAAAAAACACAUCGGAAUGCAUGGAUGGAUGUUAAAAGUAGUAGGACUGGAAACAAGAGUCGAAACCAACAAUGACAAGAAAACUUUCAAGUGUACAAACUGAGUUGUAGACAAUAACUAUGGUUAGAGUGCGCGUAAACUUUGGAUUGUGUCCACCUCCUAUCUGCACCGGCGGCAUGGAGCACACACAGGCUGCACUUUGGAGCAGGCUAUAAUUUCCCAUUUUUGAACGGACAUGCUUCCCGGAGUGACUGUAACUGCGCGGUUUCUCUUUUUUGCAGCCACUCGUUGUGAUUUCCCUGACUCAGAUCCUGUAUUCUACUGUAGCAACGCUCACCGGGAAGAGGCACACAUAACUUUCGUGCAAGUUUGUGGAUGAUUUAUAAAGGUCCUGAUUCUUUUUCUUCGAUUGCGUUGGUUGCAAAACGCAUGUACGGAAUCCUUAUGAACUUCAGUCUGUGAGAUUCAGUGUGUAAACUGCCUAGAUGCUAAUGUGCUGGUGGAGAAAGUGCACGUCGCCGAACUAGAACUCCAUCCAAGCAUGAAAUGUUGGUGCAGCGCCCUGGCACUUCUCCCGUGGGUGCUGGUGGCUUUAGAUGCCCAGCUAAUCUGCUGGCAGGCGCUCCUUCGGUGCCACGACGAGCCCGAGUGCGAUCUUGCAUACAGUCAAUACUUAGCAGCUUGUGACGGUAACAUCAGAGGCACGAGGAGGCAGUGUCCGAGCCACUGCAUCAACGCGCUGAUAAGGCUGAAUCACACCCGCAGCGGGCCGGACCUGGAGACCUGCGACUGCGCCCAGGACCUGGAGUGCCUCAGUGCCAAGAGAGCCAUAGAGCCGUGCCUCCCCCGCAGACACCCAACCGAUGCAGGGGGUAUAGGGUGCAUGGAGGCCCGGCAGCGCUGUGAGGAAGACAGCAACUGCCACACCUCCCUCACAGCCUACUUGUCAUACUGUGGGCAGCUCUUCAACGGUAGGAAGUGCUCCUCCAAGUGUAAAGCCACCAUUCAGCAGAUGCUGUUCAUCCCAAAUGGCAUGCUGCUGAACCGCUGUGUUUGCGAUGGGGUAGAGAGGCCUUUCUGUGAAGUGGUCAAGGAGAACAUGAGCAAACUUUGCUCCAUAGGAGACCACAUUGUUAUUUCAGACCAGCCUGAUGUGGAAGACAUGUAUGAGGAUGAAGACUAUGACCCUAAAGGCGACAGAGAGGAGAUGUAUACUGAUCAUUCCUCUGCUUCCCAGAGGUUGUCCAGCUGCAUGAUGCUCUUCUUUCUUCCUCUAGCACGGACAUUGUACUGAGAUGAUGGGUACUUGAAACAUGGAUUGAAAAUGAGGCUGUAGAGAAAAAAUCUAUGACCUCUCCAGGGAGCCAAGAGUCCAGCUGGAGCUGGUAUGGAAUCAGUCACUUGAUCAGAGACACUUUCGCUGACAUUGACUUGCUGGCUCAGGACUCAAACCCACGCAGGUCUGUUGGAUAAUGGAAGCUAUUCUUUCACCCCCAGGCCUCCCUGCAGUCCCAUUUUAGCUGCAGGGUGACAGUGAGCAUACUAGUGAUUUGAGUAGGCUUUCCACAACUGUACAAUUUGCAUAGUAAUUCUUCUCCAUGGGCGUCUCACUCAGGAGAACUGCUUUUUUGGAUUUGUGACUCAAAUCUUCACAAAGAUGGCCUUUACAGUUCUCUGAGUGAACUGCUCACUUGCUAAUGCUAAAGUGAAGGGAAGCCAGUUUGUCUCAAAUGGCAAAAAUACUUUCAGUGAACCACACCAGACUUUGUUGCAGGGCAUUGCCAUUUUGUGUGCCUUAACCAGGUCUUGUUUGUUUGGUUUGGAUUCAAUGGCACUUGGCAUGUGGCCUUAUUAAGACCUUGGACAAACAUUGGAACCAUCCAGUCUCUGUUUGCUCUGCUCUCCAUUUCAGGGGCCUCUGCAUUGUUGCAGGAACCACACUUCAAAUAUUUGUGGGAACAGUCAAAGGACAGGCAAGGUUGUGGGAUCAAGUACUGAAAUUAACUGAAGCGCCUCUCCAGCACUCUGUCCGGGUCCCCUCCCCCAGAUGAGAUUGUUUUAUUGAACUUUUCCUGAGACCCCCUCCAACCCCACCCCACUCCUUCUUCCUCCUAUCUACUGUCUGCGCCUUUCAUGCCUUUACGAGACCUCUGUCUUUAUUACUGCUUCCACACUGAAGCAUCAAGCAAGGAAAAGCUGCCUGUCGCUGAUGUGAAUAAGUCAACAUAUCAUACCUGGUGUUUGUCCAAACGACUGCACAUGAUUAGAGGUUUACCUGGCCUGACACAGCUUAGCUUUGUUAUGUAUGGGAUUUACAAUUUUAAAACAAACUGUGUGAUUCCAAGUUGUUGGAAUCAUCAAACAAAGACAUUAGAUUUUAUUGAUUAAUAAGGAUUGUGGACCAAACACCAGGUCAUGAUCUAUCUUAUUGUAUCUCCAGUGUAGCAGCACUGCAGCAACCACACAAUAAUCAGUGAGCAUGGCAGUGUCACAACGGUGUGUGAAUAGGAACAACAAGGUAUUCACUUGUGAGCAGUAGUCUGGUAUGAGUGGUGAAACAUGGGUUGAGUGUAUGUUAAUUAUUUUGCGACACACAGUGUUUGUUAAAGAAGUAUGAGUGUUGCUAACUAAACAAGAGGUGUAGCUUUUAACAUGCAGGAUUGGCAACAAGUACUUUAUAAAGAAAUGCACAAAUACAGAUUAAAUUCCAGCUAAUUAAAACAAGAGAUUAAGAAGAAUGCAUGACAUUCAUAUUUUUAGUUGCACAUAUUUACAUGACGAGAUGCUCUGUGCAGCUACUGAGCAGUUAGCGGGGCUAAUCUUACCUAUUUGAAGGUCCACACCGAUAGUCCAGGGAUUCAAAGCAGAGGUCCUUCAGUCUCACGUCUUUCUUCCACUACUCCACUUUAAGCUGUUUAGCAAAAAGGGAAGGUAAAAGCAAUGUUUUCAUUAGUACUGAUCACUUGUAAUGAAGCUGCCAAUUUGUGUGUUUGCCACUUGAAAUUGUGUCAAAACUAAUAUUUUUGUCUUGUUGAUAAAUGUUAAAUUAUGAAGCUAGAAUAUGAAGAGUAAGUGUAUAUAUACACUUUACAAUUAUAUGCAGUAAAAUAAGCCAGUGUCUGCCCACUGUCACUUACGUUCAUUUAAUACAAUAAAAACACACCAAUGUAGCUCAGAUUUCUCCCACAAAAUCUGACAUGAUUUAGAGUUUUCAAUUUUUCCAUUUCAUUUUGCAGGAACGUAGCAGUAAACAGUUCAAAGCAGUGUCUUCAAUGUGGGACGGUGCGUUUUAUAAUAAAAUGUUUAUGACCUGAA